CAUAGGGGUGGUUGUGUCUCGAUAGCUAUAAGGGUGUGGGAGAUAUGAGGUUGAAAGUGGUUGAAACUGGCUUUCUAUUUCGAAUGUUUUGUUGGAAUUUAAUUCGAACAAAUUUGAACGAUCUUAAACAAAUUCGAACGAUUUUAAAUGUUUAAAAUCGUUUAAGAUCGUUAAGGAAAAAUUUUCAAAAUCUCGAAUCAUAUCGCAAAAGCAAAAGAUGGCGCGGAGAAAUGAAACCACGGAAGAAAGAGAAAUACACUUAACAUUGCUACAAGAAAAUUAUCAACGAAACAGAAAUAAGAAAACAGAAGAGCAACUUGAAAAUUAUAGAGAAACAGAUCAAAUCAGAAAAAGAUUACAAAGAGAAAAAGAAACAAGUGCACAGUUGGAUGAAAGAAGAAAGCAGAUUAGAGAGAGAAUAAAUAACAUUCGCCUAGAUGAGCAUGUCAACGCGCAAUUAUUAGAAACAACUGUAUACGCUGUGCGCGAAAGCCGGCGAGGAACAUACGGUCUUCAAUGCGAAGCGUUUCAUUAUAAUUCAACUAAAAAUUAUAAUGAACAUCCAAGUGUAGUGAUUGGGAAAAUGGAUCAAAUAUGUAAGUUUUGUAAAGCUAAAAAAUUCAGAGGCGAAACACAAAGUACAUGCUGCUCAAGUGGUAAAAUUAGAUUACCAGCAUUAAACUUGCUGGCGCCUGAAUUUUUGGAAAUUAUGAAUGGAGAAACACAGAAAUCUAAACACUUUUUACAAAAAAUUAGAAGUUACAAUGCCUGCUUCCAAAUGACAUCGUUUGGAGCAACUGCAAUAACCGAAGAAGAAGGAUUCAAUCCAGUGUUUAAAGUCCAAGGACAAGUGUGUCAUAAAAUUGGGUCAUUAUUGCCACUUGCAAAUGAAACGCCGAAGUUUUUACAAAUUUACUUCGUAGGAAAUGAAGAAGAUGAAGUAGUUCAACAGUUGACGAAUUUUACAGGAUUACGUCGAGAUAUAAUUGUAUAUAUACAGCGUGAUCCUUUUUCAGUGAAACCCAAACGGGUGAAGAUGGAUAUCCGAAAUACAGACGUCGACCACCAAGUGAAGGAGGAUUUACGGCAAAAAUCAAGAUAA